AUGGCAUCUGAAGAUCCAGAAAAUCGGAUAAAUCUAUUCCGUUUGCAAAUUCUAAUAAUAGAUGGGGGCCUGCUUGUAUUGAGAAGUAUACUUUAUCAGACCAUAGCUGCCAAAGGCCUAACUCUAAGGGCAUGUCUUAGAAAUGAAAGUCUAACAAUUACACGAUUGCUUGGCCGCAAUGUUAUCACCCAGGAUCAAUAUGACAUAUUGUUCCCAGUGGGUGGUCAAGACCCAACUACGGCAGAUAUGGACAUUACGCUUAUAACUUGCCUUCUUGCAAACCUUAAAUGUUUCGGAUUGAAUAAGAAAUUUAAAUGGAAUGCGACACCCGUAUCAACCGAUACAUCAGUUGAAGCAGAUAUAUGUCGUUUGAGAAAUUUCCGGAAUAAAAUCUGUCAUAUGCCAACAACAGCUGGGAUAGAACAAAAUGAGUUUUUAGCUGUAUGGAAUGAAAUCGAGCAGAUACUUAUUCGACGAAACACCCCGGGUCUUAAUAUUCAUCAAACAAUUGCUGAUUUCAAGACGUGUCCUCUUGAUCCAGAGGAAGAAAGAAGGAUAAAGGAAGAAAUAAAGAAAUGCAAGGAUUAUGAAGCAGAUGUCGAUCGCCUAAAACUGGAAAUGGUAUACGUAAAAGAAAAUGUAACUGUAAUGCAAAAAAACCUUGAUGACUUAAAAGAAAAUGCUACUGAAGUGAGGAGUGACCUUGAUGAUUUAAAAGAAAAUGCUACUAAAGUGAAUAGUGACCUUGAUGACUUAAAAGAAAAUGCUACUAAACUGUGGAGUGACCUUGAUGACUUAAAAGAAAAUGCUACUGAAGAAGUGAGGAGUGACCUUGAUGACUUAAAAGAAAAUGCUACUGAAAUGAGGAGUGACCUUGAUGACUUAAAAGAAAAUGCUACUCAAGUGAAGAGUGAUCUUGAUGACUUAAAAGAAAAUGCUUCUGAAGUGAGGAGUGACCUUGAUGACUUAAAAGAAAAUGCUACUGAAGUGAGGAGUGACCUUGAUGACUUAAAAGAAAAUGCUACUAAAGUGAAGAGUGACCUUGAUGGCUUAAAAGAAAAUGCUUCUGAAGUGAGGAGUGACCUUGAUGACUUAAAAGAAAAUGCUACUGAAGUGAGGAGUGACCUUGAUGACUUAAAAGAAAAUGCUACUGAAGUGAGAAGUGACCUUGAUGACUUAAAAGAAAAUGCUACUAAAGUGAAGAGUGACCUUGAUGUCUUAAAAGAAAAUGAAACUGAAGUGAGGAGAGAUUUUCGAGACGUGAAAGAAAAUGUUACUAAAGUACAGAUUGACAUUGAUGACGUAAAAGCAAAUGUCAUGAAAGUGCAGAAAGACCUUGAAGAGGUCAAAAGACGACAACAGACAGAUAGAGGUAGCGAAGAAGACUUUCCAAUACAGACAGAGGAGGAAAAAAUACAAAAUAGCAAGAAGGAGUUUCCCGGUAUAGGGUUCUGUAUGGAUGACAAUUUAAAGCAGGACGAACAACAUAACAACGAAAAAAAUAAAACAAUGGAGUUGCCAUCAUCGGAGAGAUGUGAUGUGACAAGAGGGCAUGAACACUACCUCAGUCAUAUAUUGUUUUUGGAACAAGCUUCGCCCAUCGCAUUGAAGGCCAUUUUAAAAAGAGAAGAGAAAAAAUGUGGGAAAGAUUUAAGUAUUGUGUCAAAUGAGAAUAGAGAUUCUUUUAAAACACAGUACGAAACAGAGUAUCUUCAAUUAUUUCAAGAAGAUAAUUUCAAUGACGACAUUGAUACGUGGGACACUCUUCAAUUAUGUGCUGUGAUAUUAGUGUUGUAUAAAUCUGAUCUAACUGGACCAGAAGUUAAAGCCAUUCAAUGUAUCUAUGAUCAGAGGAAAGAUAUUGAACAUUACGCCGAAUGUGCCUCCCUAACAUUCAAGAUCUACAACGAGAACCAACAUUUAUUGCACGAUCAAUUACUCGAAUUGAUAACGCUCAUAGACGACCAAGCUAAAAUUGAUUGUAAACGUAUGAUGUUUUCUUUUCAAUCAAUAUCAAUGAAAUUAAGCAAAACACAGAUAGACAAACUAACACAGACAAGUGAUAUCAAAACUCAUCUUAAAAUUGCAAUUGAUGUAGAUGUUGUAACAGAGAAUAUCAUUGGCGAAGAGAACGAUCAAAAGCUCCAAACCAAUGAUUCAGUACCAGAUGAGGUUGCAAGUGACCCGAGAACAAGAGAACUCUAUCAAAAAGCAUUAGAGAAAGGCACAGAAAAAGACAACACUAUUAGAGUUAUGGUUAUUGGAUGUUUUGAACAAGGGAAAACGUCAUUAGUAAGGAAUUUAUUAAAACAGUCAAUUGAUGGAGUUGAAACAACAAACGGUAUUGAAUUGCAUAAAUGUACGGUUAUCAGCGAUGAGGAAUGGAAGAAGUUAGACAAUGAAGAUCUUAAUAAAGAGACAAUUAAGCGCUUGGUAAAUAUUGCUCUAAAAGAAAAAAAUGACGAAACAACCUCAUUUGUUUCCAAAGAAGAAAAAUGUCUGCCUAGCGAGGACACAUUAAUAUCUAGUUCAACAACGGAUAUCUUAAGAACAAGGAAUGAAAGUGUAUCUUUUCCAAAGAGUGGCAUCGAAGACAAUGCUAGAUCUGAUGAGUACGAAGGCAAAAGAAAGGAAGGAAUUCAAGUUAGCAAAUUUCAAAUUGCUGUCGCUGCUAAAUCGAUAGUUAGGAAUGAAAAAGUCAGUUACGAAAACUUAACUUCAUUCCAUACUGAAUUAGAAAGAUCUGAAUCCAUUCAGCGUAAAAUUAACCUUGAAAACAACGUCACGUUAAACAUAUGGGACUUCGGAGGACAGUUUGUUUUUUAUGCUACUCAUCAAAUAUUUCAUUCACAACAAGCUGUUUAUCUGCUUGUUUUUAAUCUAAGCAUUUCUCUUGACACAGUUAUUGAAGAUAAGGAGUUUCCAUUACACAAAAAGACAAUGAGAGACUAUUUAAAAUUUUGGGUUGCUUCUGUAAACUCUUUUGUUGGGAGUAGUGAUGGAAUGAAACCCGCUAUUGUUUUAGUGGGAACGCACAGGGACAAAUUGGAUGCAGGAAACAAUAGCGAGGACUAUUUUGAGCAGGUAAGACAACUCUUUGACCACAGUAUAUGUAUUAAUCAUAUUCAGCCUGAGCACUUUGCUAUUGCAAACACAAGUGGAUCAGAAAGCGAAAUCAAUGCUUUACGAACAUAUAUAUCACGUUUAGGGCAACGACAAUUGGAAAAAGUAAUGCCGGCUAAAUGGAUUCUACUUGAGAAGGCACUUAAAAUAAACAAACAGAAAAAAAUUAUAACAAUUGAUAAACUCAAACAAAUAGACAGUAAAACGGAUAGUCCAUUGCAAACUGACAACUCAACAGAAACCAUGGAUCAGAUCAAACUAUUUUUGUCCUAUCAUCAUGCAAAGGGAACAUUCUGUUAUUUUGAUGAGAACAAUUUGUCAAACCACGUUGUCUUAGAUCCACAAUUCCUUGUUGACGCUUUCAGGUGCGUUAUUACAUCUGAAAAGUUUUGCAUAGUGCGUCCGAAAUUGAGACACGUUUGGAAGGAAUUGUGUAAUACCGCAAUUUUACGCCCAGAGCUUUUUAAAGAGGUUUGGGGACAAGACAAAGAUAACAACUUUUAUGAAUUCAAAGACUUACUGAUAGAGUACAUGCAAAAACAUAAUAUUUUAGCUGAGGCUCUAGCUUAUAAUCUUGAUUCUGAGCCGGCCGCAAGACCUUUAGGGUAUUUCAUUGUUCCAAGUUUACUCAAGGCGUCAUCAUUAUCUGCUGACACUAUCAGAUCAUAUCUAGAAGGAAAACAAUUGUCAACUGUUUCUUUGUGCUAUAGGUUCGAAAAUGAAACGCUGACCCACUUUAUUUUCCAGGCCUGUUUAGCCGGAAUUAUAGGACGAUGGCCACUUGCAAAGUACAUCAAAACCCAUGUGUUGUUUGAUCACGUAGCUGCAUGUGAUAUAGAGCGAAGACAUGCUGGUGUAUUGAUGCUGUCGGAAAACAAACUCGAGCUACUUGUUAUUAGUCUUUGUCCUCCCGACAAUGUCAAAGCUGAUGUCUGUGACAUGUUUCGACGAUACGUAGAGGCGAUUAUGAUGAAAAAAAUGCACAAAUUGCCUACCAAUAUGCAUGAAGGGACUUUUUUCAGUCGUGCGGCGAGGUGUUUGCAUAAAGAUCAUGGAACCAAAGGAAGUGAUGGAACAUUUAAUAUUGUUGCUGUUGACAAUAUACCAUCAACGAAUGAUGAAAAAAUACCAUGUCCAGACAGAAGAAGUCACUGCUUGCAGAUGCACAGUAUACUUAAUGAAUGGUUCAUGCCGAAUAUUGAACAAGAUAAAGUUCCAAAGAGAAAAUUAUCCAAAAAAGAAUAUAGCACUCUGGCAAUGUCAAUUGGAGACGGUUGGAAACUGAUUGGAUUGCAACUUGGUCUUGAUAACGUAGAUUUAGAUCAGAUUUGUAUGAAUGAAAAUGAUGCUUGCAUGCGCAUAUAUAACAUGUUUUUGAAAUGGGAUAACAAGGAGGCUGACGCAGCUACACUAGACGUUAUUGUACAAGCGAUAACAAAAUUCAGCCCGGAACCAGUACAUGUUAAAUUGGAUGUUUUAAAAAAUAUAAUCAAUAGGUUCUAAACCGAUCAAUUCGCAAAGUGUGAGUGUAAAAACGACAACACUGAUAAGGACGUCCACAAAAAUUCAAAAUGAAAUGUGCGUAUAAGUAAGACAAUUUUGUUGAAUUUUCAAAAGUGAUUUCAUACUAAGUCAUAUUUUGCUAUAUACGUAUUUGUAUGAAAUUUUCGGUGAAAUUGAUAACAUACUUGUUAUUUUUAAACAUGAAUUCAAUGCAUGUUUUAAUAUGUUGCAUAAAUGUUUUUUUUCUAUUAUCUUUUUUGGCGGCGUUCAGUAAAAUUUUGCAAAAAGCUUAAUGUUUCCAAAAAACUCAAAUAUGUUUUUUUUCAAUGUUUUGACAUUAUACCGGUGUAAUAGUUUUGUUUUACAAUGUAAAUAUAAUUUUGUCUGAGAAAAAGACUUAUUCUUUUUUUUAGUUGCAAUUCUAUAUGGAUACACAUCGUUUCUAUCAGCAUAUCUUUGGUUGCAGAUUACUUUAGCGGCUUUCCAUAUUUACUUGU